AUGAGUGGGACUACGGCAGCUGCCGCUGCGAGUGACAGGGCCGAUGGGCGUGCCGGUGGUAGCGGCGUACAGGGUUUUUACUAUCCUUUCCAGGGUGCUGGAGGCAAGGGGAGCUUGGCGCUGUCCUCUUCGUGCUCUCCGGGGUGUUCGGCGGGCGAGAGUCCGACCGGACAGGAAGCGUCCGUGUCGUCGUCGUCGUCUUCUUCGCCGGGAGUGGGUAAUGGGGCGAAGCAGGCCGGUGAUGGCGAUGGUAAGAGCAAAGUUGGUCAUGGAACUCAGCAUAGUCAUAAUCAGCCACAUCACAGCCACAGUCCCGUUUGUAAGAACUGUCUGACGUCGACCACGCCGCUGUGGAGGCGAGACGAGAAGGGAGCGGUGCUCUGCAAUGCGUGCGGGUUGUUUCUCAAGCUGCAUGGCAGACCAAGACCAAUCAGUCUGAAGACGGAUGUUAUCAAGUCGCGGAAUCGCAAAGGUGCGCAUCACCAGCAUAAUCAUGCUAGCGAGGGCAGCGGUUCGCUGGCUGAGCCACAGCACAGGCGAUCGUCCAGCGAUGAUAGGAAGAGAAAGCAGCAGCCGGGGACGGGCAGCGAGGCGAAAGGCAAGAAGAGCAAGGUUGCUGAAGAUCCGGAGACGCGGGAUGUGUGCUCCGCGGCCAAUACUCUAGAAACGCUGAUGUCUGGCGACGCGUCGAAGCCAAGAAUAAAACCCAAACUAAAGCAGGAAGCGUCACACCAGAUGCCGUCGCCGUCGCAGUCUGCCACACAACUGCCGCAUCUGUCGGCUUUGCUGGAAAACGUAAGAAGUGGCUCGAAACCCGCGCCAGGCAUACUGGAAACGCUCAGUGACAGGUCGGCGGUCUCUUCGCCAAGCAUCUUCGCUCAGGGUCAUCAGGUCGCAAACCAGGUCCCGCUCCAUGUGAAUCCGCUGAACGAGCCAGUGAAGCCGGGCACGAGCGAAAUCGUACCUGUCGUCCAUGCUCCUACUACACAACCUGCGGCACCGGUGUCGCAAAGCUGCAGCUCAACUUCGCUAGUACGAGCUGGUUCAAUGUCUCAACGAUAUACAUCACCACCACAAAGUCUCGGAACAUCAGUGCCCAUGGUACAGACAGCUUCUGCUUUGCCUGUGUCCGUGGCAACACCACUGCCAUUGAGCUCCGUCAACGAAUCAGCUCGAUCAGUCCACACUGGACAAAGUCCGCUUUCAAUCCUCUACAAGAAUGAAGAAGAGGUUAUAAGGUUAAAAACGAGAAUUAACGAGCUCGAAUUGGUUACCGAUCUGUACAAGAGACACAUCUUUGAUCUGGACGAAAAAUGUAGAGAAUUGGAGCUGGAGAUUGAGAGUCUGAAACGCUGA